AUGCAUCAAAUUCCUGUUUUCGCCGGCUUGGGUUCUGAUGCGCUUUUCUCGGAACGAACUCUGGGAACUGCAGCUGAGGAUGCUAGAACAUCAGAGGGCCAGAUCAUCUUACGAGCCUGCCAUGACAUCUUUGUGAAAGAGAUCACCUCCGUCAUUCACAGCCAGCGUCUACCCUCAGACAUCAAGCUGGAAGACUUCGUGGAGCCGGAAAGCCUCAUACGACCCCAGGCGUGUUAUCAACGGAAUAGCAUCAUUCAACAUGUAUCUCUGUACACGAUUCAGCUUCUUAGAUAUUUACGAUACUCGACGGAGAAGCCUGGUGUCAUCCUUGGUGUGGCUGGAUUCUGUGCCGGAUUACUGCCUGGUGCGGCGCUGGCCACGUCCAGGAAUACCAUCGAACUGCUAUCUCGGGGCCAAGAUUUCUUCUACGUAGCUCUGCAUGUAGGCAUCCGGAUCGAAAGCUACAAGCAGGUUAUGAUGGGCAAAGAAACCUGUCCACCACAUCUGCCCUGUAGUUUGGUCGUCGACGGGAUUACGGCCCAGCACGCCCGAGAACUGCUUGAAGAACACAACAGACGAUCUCCUGCUUCUUACAUUUACUUGAGUGCUAUCAACUCCGAUACUUGUGUUACCCUGAGCGGUAGAGGUGAUCAUCUUCAGCAAUUCAGCCAAAGCAGUGUGCCCUCCCAAUGCAAGAUACGGCCAACGAAUAUUUUUUCCUUGUAUCAUGACCGUCACCAGCUCGAGGGAGUCCGAAGGGAUAUACUUCAAGACCUCCGAAACAAUAUACUCUUGUUCUCAACACCCUUACAUCUUAUUGCCCCGCUGUUUUCUAAUAUUGAUGGGAAGCCAAUUGAUUCGGGCCAGCUGGCAACGUUGGAAGAACUCUGCGAGAAGCUCCUUGAGAUGAUGAUCUUAGAGCCGGUGAACUGGGUAGCGGUAGAGGAUAACGUACUUGCCGCUAUCAAGCAGCCAGCCACCGCUGUGGAUGCUUCUUUUGAAAUUUUGAAUUUCGGUCCUGGUUACGGCAUAUCAGGAGCCAGAUAUACCCUCCCAGAUAACGUGAACAUUGUAGCUGCGUCAAUCGUCGAACCACGCCCCUCGCUACAAGACACUACUGGGAUGCUGUCAUCUAAUGAUAUUGCUAUUGUGGGUAUGGGUGUGGACCUUCCAGGAGCUUCCAAUACCGAUGCCCUUUGGCAAAACUUGGCCGAAGGCGUCAAUUCUUGCGUCGAGAUUCCGUCUUCAAGGUUCCAUGUUGAAGACUUUUAUCAGAAGAAAGAUGGCCGUACUCUAAGAACAAAGUACGGCAACUUCCUAGAAAACCCAUUCAUGUUCGACAACGAAAUGUUUGGUAUCUCCCGUCGAGAAGCCCUUUCAAUGGAUCCACAACAACGAGUCAUGCUCCAAACUGCCUAUCGAGCACUGGAAGAUGCGGGAUAUGUCCCUGAUUCAACCCCGUCAUUCUCCAGGAGGACGUUCGGUUGUUUUAUCGGAAACGCUACAUUGGACUAUACCGACAAUCUUAGAGACCACAUUGAUGUCUACUACAGCCCAGGAACGUUACGCGCUUUUCAGAGUGGACGGAUAAGUUACGUCUUUAAAUGGAGUGGGCCAUCUAUCACUUUGGAUACAGCAUGUUCGUCAUCGAUGGUCGCCAUUCAUCAAGCAGCACGAGCUCUGCAGGCUGGAGACUGUCGGUCGGCAUUGGUUGGGGGUGUAAAUGUCAUCAGUAGUCCUGACAUGUAUCUUGGUCUUGAUCGAGCGCAUUUCCUAAGUCCUACUGGCCAGUGCAAGCCAUUUGAUGAUUCGGCAGAUGGCUACUGCCGGUCUGAAGGCUGUGCAGCAUUCGUGAUCAAGAAGCUGAACGAUGCGAUAUUGGAAGGUGAUCGAAUACUCGGGGUUAUUCGAGGCAUUGAGAUUAAUCAAAGCGGCAAUGCGCAUUCCAUAACGCAUCCUCAUUCACCAACGCAGGAAUACUUAUUUCAAACGUUACUAAAGAAAUCCCAGGUUCAUCCUCAUCAGAUUACUGUGGUGGAAACACAUGGCACAGGCACACAAGCCGGGGACCCAAAUGAGCUUCUUAGCAUUCGCGGAGCAUUCUGCAACGGUCGAGAUCCAGGGAAUCUUCUCCAUUUUACUUCUAUCAAAGCAAACAUCGGCCACUGCGAGGCCGCUUCCGGCGGUGCAGCAUUGGCAAAAUUACUUCUGAUGAUGAGACAUGGCAAAAUACCCCCACAGAUAUCCCUUAAGACACUUAACCCUAAGAUCAAAGACCUUGGCACAGACGGAUCCGCUAUUGAUCGUGACGGUGCUACUUGGCCUCGAUCUUCGAGACACCCGCGGCUUGCUCUACUUAACAACUUUGGUGCAGCGGGUUCUAACGGUGCCUUGAUACUGCAAGAAUACUCUAGCCUCAAAGCUACCCCUCAAAAUGAGGAGCAGUGCGAGGCUCACAGCUAUAUGCUUGGGUUCUCGGCUAGAAGCCACACAAGCCUCCUUGCCUAUAAAGAUGCGUUGAUCUCUUAUCUGGAGGCUCCUUCGUUACCGAGUUCUCUUCGUGAUGCUGCUUAUACUAGCACGGCUCGCCGCCAGAUCUAUGACUAUCGUAUUUCUGUUACCGGUUCCACCAUACAGGAAAUUGUCGACAACUUGAGAAAUGCAGAUAUUUACAACAUUCGCGAGUCGGCAAAUCCACAGCCACGUGCGGUGUUUGCAUUCUCUGGUCAAGGAUCACAGGUGAAGCUCUCCAUUACACAAUGGAUAUCCGGGAUGUCUCAAUGUAAUCGCAUGCAAAGACGACCAAGAACGGCAAUCUCACUCAUCUUCGCUACUACAACAAUCUCUUCAAACAGCAGUCUUUGUCUUGGAGGUAGCACUAGCACGCCUUCUUAUCUCUCUGGGUAUUAUGCCAACUAUUGUGCUGGGUCACAGGUAUGCUCAUACACCAGAUUCCUCUUCUACGGUUCUAUAGCUAAUUUGGUUACUAGCCUGGGAGAGUACGCUGCCCUAGUCAUUGCUGGUGUGAUUGAUUUGCAAAGUAGUCUGAAACUGGUGGCACAUCGAGCAAAGCUUAUGAUGGAGCUGUGUGAACUUGAAAAAACGUCAAUGCUUGCGGUUAACCUCAGUGCAGAGACCGUGAGACGGCACAUUGGCAACAGCCCAGAAUUUCACGAUUUAGCUAUAUCUUGUGAUAACAGUGAGUCUGAUUGCGUUGUUGGGGGCCCAAUCAGUCAGCUCCAAUCUCUGAAAGCAAAACUCGGUACGAUGAAGACGCGGUCGAAAAUCCUCGACGUUCCAAUGGCUUAUCAUACACACGCAUUGGACCCUAUAUUGGUUCAAUUAACGGAAGUCGCUAAGACACUCGAAAUCUCAUGUCCGAGAAUCCCUGUUCUAUCCAACGUGUUUGGCCGCGUUAUUCAACCUGGUGAAAGAGCUUUCACCUUUGAGUAUUUUGCCAUGCAUUGUCGCCAGACCGUUGCUUUCAACGCAGGCAUUCGUGAGCUCUCUAGUAGUGGAAUGGGGGCUGAAAUCUCCCGAUGGAUAGAAAUAGGGCCUCAUCCAUCUGUGCUACCAAUGGUCAGCACUAGAUUGGAUAGAGACACUACACAUCUUCUACCUUCAUUACGAAAAGGAACUCCGGCAUCUGCGACAAUUGCUAGACUACUAUGCCAUUUUUACCAAACCACUACCGUGCUGAAUUGGCGAAAAGCUUUCGAUGAGCGAGCAACCUUAACCACCCUUCCGGUCAUGCCGUUCUCAGAGCAGGAAUUUGGUAUUUACUAUCCACGUGAGAGUACUCAGAGAGCCUCGGGUAAGUGUGAUCAAAAUACUGAUUCUCAAACUGGGUACACCUUCCUGUCCAAGAUUGUUCAACGUCCAUCGGAGACGAAUAGGGAGGCCAUCUUUGAGACGCCAAUUGCGGUCUUCAAGGAAUAUAUUCUGGGUCACCGUGUCUGUGAACAGGCUCUAUGUCCUGCAUCGGUCUACCACGAGAUUGUUCUAGCUGCUUCCAAGUGGAUACAGCGGGAUCCAGGUGAAGAAGCCACCAGGGCACUUUCGAAUGUGCUAUAUCCAGCACCUUUGCUAUAUUCAGAAGAAUCUUCUGCAAUUGUUAGGGUUUAUAUAAAGCCUGGCGGUGACCACAAGACAAACUAUUCGUUCACUGUGGCCUCAUACAACGCAGGUUCCGAUCCGCAGCAACAGGUGAUUCAUUGUCAGGGGCAGCUGAAGACACGACCUGCUGCUCAUGCCCAAAAGUAUGCAAAGCUAGUGCCGCUCAUGGAACGGCAAAAGGAACGGUUUUUGCGCGUUGACCAAUCGAGCACACAGGUGUUUCUCCGAAAAGCCCUGUAUGAAAAGGUUUUUACUCGGGUCGUCACAUAUUCCGAAUUGUAUCAGAUGGUUCAGUCGGUGCGCAUCGACCAAGAUGAAGCGCUCGCAGUGUGUCGUUUCCCCAAUUCACAAGGAGAGCCUUCAAGGGCGAACACGGUCAUGAUGGAUGUCCUCCUUCAUGUUGCUGGUUUCGUCGCCAAUCUCAAUAUUGAGAAUGAUGAAGUCUGCAUCUGCAAGGAGGUCAAAUCUGCUACCAUGACUCGAAAUAUCCCCUUCUCAGACACGACGUUCGAAGUCUAUUGCAGCAAUCUCGAAAUCGCAGCUACCAACGUGAUCAUAGCAGAUGCAUAUGCGGUCGAUUCACGAGGCGUCAUUGCUGUCUUCAAGGGGAUGGCCUUCCAGCGAGUGAAACUAACGAGAAUGGCUCAAGCCCUCCGGUUGGCAGCUGCGAGAUCUGGUCAUUCACAUCAAUCUGUCCCAAUAGAGAGAGCCAAACUAGUAGCUCCAAAACCGUCAGCUCCUAACUCAAAGCCUCCUGAUAUGCCCGUUGACAAGCAGCCAGCUAUCAGAGAGAUCAUUGCGAGAACUUGCAAUCUAGAGGCAUCAAACUUAGUUGCGGACACCAGCCUUCACGCCAUCGGUUUUGACUCGCUCAUGAUGAUUGAACUUUCGUCCAACCUGUCUUCUAAGCUUCAUACCUCAAUCGAUAUAUCAGCUCUGGAGGAGUGUAAGACCGUUGAAGACAUUGAGCAACUGUGCAGCGAUGAGGGCCAAUCAGGACCCACCCCUAUCUCGGAAGCAGAGACUGUGGACUCUGUCACGAUGCCAACAACACCGGCAACGCCUGCAGAUAAGCUACUCAUUGCGUCCAUAACUGCCGAAACAUGUGGUGCCCAUAUUACCUCCGUCAAGUCAGAUGUCGAGCUCGAGGCUCUUGGGAUUGAUUCACUGAUGAUGAUUGAGCUGGAAGCCCGUCUGCAAAGUCCAUCGAACUCCAAGAAACUUUCAUCUUUGGAACUAUCCGAAUGCAGAACACUAUUUAGAGGCGUACAGUCCGCCCCUGACAUGUUCCAGGCAAAUAUAGAUGACGCAAAACCAGCCCAAGUUGAAGUUGAGAUUUCUUCUCCUUUAUCCCCCCGAAUCCUUGGUGAAAUAACACAAUCUCCAGUACUGGAAGCCGAAAAGAAAGAAGUGCCCGCGUCCAUGAAGUUGAGGAUUGCGGCGAUUCUCGAGUUACAAGAGCAACCCGAAAUUGUGCAUCUCGCCGAGGACAAGGCCCCCCAAAAUGCCCCUCUGUUCCUAAUCCACGACGGCAGCGGCAUCUGUGUUCAAUAUCACCGACUAAGACCCUUCAAUCGCACGGUUUAUGCGAUCCACGACCCCAAAUUUCUGGACCCCGAUUCCUGGUCAGGAAUUCCUGCUAUGGCUCAAUCUUAUGCACGGCUUAUUGCAAGGACAACGUCCGGUCCUUACAUCCUCGGUGGCUGGUCGUUUGGCGGUGUUGUUGCAUUCGAGGCUGCUCGAGUGCUAAUGGCAGGAGGCUACGCGGUCACCGGUGUAGUUCUCAUCGAUUCACCGCCGCCAAUAAAUCACAAGCCGCUCUCUGCGAACAUCAUCAAUGCCGUUACAAAAGGUGAUAGAAAUAGAGGAGGCCUGGUCGGCGAGACUAUUCGCAACCUUGUCAGGGAAAGCUUCAAAGCCUGCGCGGGUAUGCUUGGGGCUUUCCAACCCGAGGCUGUGACAAGGACCAGUCGAUCGAUUCCACGGACUUUCUUGCUCCGAUCAAGGGAUGGCUUUCAUCUAAACACGAGAAAUGAUAGUCCGGGGUUGGAGAACGAUUGGUUGCAGGAUCGCUCCGACCCCAGGACUUCUAUUGAGGGAUGGGAGAUGCUUACAAAGGCAAAGAUGCCUUAUCUGGAUAUCCCAGGUGACCAUUUCCAGGUCUUCGACGUUGCGAAUGUAAGUCGGUGGUUACUUCUAAAUAUCUGGAGACAAGGGAACAUGCUAAUUUUCACACCAUGGAACAGGUACAAGCCGUAUCAAAAGCUAUCGCUCACGCAUGCAGUGAAUUAA